UGUUACUAUAACAACCUUAUGGCGGAAAUUUCACGUGAAGUGCUACGUUGGCUUCUCACAUUAGAUAUUAAUCUAGAACAUAGAAACUUAAAAUGGUUAGCAUCAAAUAGGUUUUUCAUAGACUGAGAAACAGGUGUGUUUCCAAUGGCAUUCUAGUGGCUGAAAUUUUGCACAAUUACCAACCAAAAACGGUGAAUCUUGGGAAAUUUAUUGAUGGACAGAGCAUAAAAGUCAAGUUACACAACUGGGACAUGAUUCAAGAGAUACUACAACGUUUGUGCAUUUAUUUGCCACCAGAUAUAAUCGAAUGUGCAGCUCACAACAAAAGGAAUGCAGGAAUUAUUCUUUUGACCACUCUUCACGAAAUAUUUUCAAAAAAGAAAGUGAAGGAAAGCUUAGCAAAGUUCGACCCCACAAAUCUGGAAUACCAAUUUUCCUUACCAAUCUAUGCUAGAUCAUGUCUAGCGAAGUUCAUUAAAGAUAACCUAACCUCUUCAGAAAUGGAGACCACACCAGAUAUUUUUACUAAUCAAAAAAAGGUUCAAGUGUUAGCGCUGGCUUACAAGAAUAUGAAAAUUACUGAGAGAAUGGAGGAACCAUGGAGAUUUAGAUCAUCACGGUCAUUGGCGUCACAGUGCCGACGUUCUGAUUCGUCCAAAUCAAACAAAAAGCCACGUACUGAAAGGGCAGGCACUAUGAUAUGCAGUGAGCCAAUUGAUGGUAAGUGUCGUUUUCGCAAUAUUUCCUAUGUUAGUCCUAGAAAUGUUAUACUCCCUAGUCUUCUUUUGAUGUUUACUUCUUGAGACUUUGAAGAGCUGAAACUUGUCUUAUUGAUGAGUCAAAUUAAUCCCACCUUGUGAAAACGAAAACAAACACUCAAAUCGAUGUUUCUCUGAAUGAAUAACGAAACGAACACGUGACCACUGUUUAUUUUUUCCCUUCAAUUCUUACGAUUCGCUUUCUUAUCAACUAGUUCUCUUGUUUUUAUUAUUUCUACACUCAACAGCACCGAUGAGUUUGUAUAACUGAACAAUUGACUAAAGUAAAUAAAACCACCUCUACCUAUUUUUUACUUUAACGAAACAUUUCUGAAUACAUUUAUGCCUCAUCUGACGUUACGUCUUAGUCUAGUAAGAAUACUUAUACCUAAGUUCUUGUCAUAUUUUAAAAACUGAUAUAAACUAUGAAUAGUUCCCAUCUAGGCUAUUAACUUUCUCACCCAUUCGGUUAUGAGUUGUUAUGUAAAUCUGAACAAUGGACUAGAAUUUGGAGCAGAUGCGAACAAUCUUCUGGUGCUUAAAUGAGAUUUAACCCAAACCCGAUUAAAUAAACUUACACUUAGUAAAUCAGUUACACUAGCAAUGAGCUAACUACAAGGUCUUGUUGUAUUCGAGUCAUAAUUUAAAUAUAAUUCAGUGCCGUUGGGGGUAAAACAAAUGUUUUCAAUAGUCGUGCUAGAACACAAGUCAACGACAUGUGAAUCGUCAGAUUGCGGCUGUUUUGCUCAUUUCAAGACCAAAAGGUCCUGUGUUUACCAACUGCAUCAUAAUAGAUAUGCACUGCUAGACAAUAACAAAUUGGUUUCCUAACUUAUUUCAGUUCAUCAUAUGAAUCGACUCCAAACUGAAGUUCCCAACAGCGUCUUACUCUGCUCAUCGUAAAAUAUUUUCUUGAGGAAAGUUGAGUAGUCAUAACAAAAAGCUCUUGUCCUGAGACAUGAGAUUAAACGUCUUGCGUGAAAGCGCACAAAAAAUUUGGAUCUACGUAACUCCCGAAAGAUAAGUGAUCAUAGAGAUGAGUAUGAGAAAACAUGACUGUAAUGAUUCCACCCCGUUUAAUAUAUGCUUCUAAAGUGAAAAACUACAUGAUUCUCGCAGAUAAAUGGGACUAAUCAAAUGGUUUGCAUGGUCAAAUGGCUUCAAAAGCAUGUCUUCCAUAAACAACGUUCAACGCCAAAUUCUGAAUGAUACUCAGCAAUUGUUAUCUGACUCUUUUGAUGCUGUGAUUAUUUUAAACUAAAAACCAUAUAAGAAUGAGAUUAAAAUAGACUUAUUAGUGUAAUCUAAGCAAAAUAAAUAUUAUUUGGAGCAAACAUACUGAGAUACAAAGACCGAUAGGAAUGAAAAGAAGAAGGACCUUCCGUUGGGAUAAUCUGGGAUAAAUAAUACACAACACAGUCCUAAUAAUUUGUUCAGUAUUGCUUCAAGAAAAGUAUUAUCUUACUCGUUUGGAUUAGCGAUAGAAAGAGAUUACCUUGUUCCAGAUGAGUUAAAUAAUCCCACUGGUUUAUCGAAGAUUAGAAGCAUUAUUAUUGGUGAGUGGCGGUUACUCUAUUCAGGUGUUUAUUUUUCGCAUGCACGAAAUAUGUCUGAAACUAAUUACGUAAUGAUGGUGCAUAAACUCAUGAAGUCUUAGGUUAUUGCGAAUAUAGAAUUGCUUCGUUUUAAUAUUCAUCAUUUCACAAUAAACAUUAUAAUCAGGGUCAUGUCUUGACCUUACAAGACAUGGUAUCAGACCAAGUUGUCAAAAGAGAUAUUACUCAAGACGGCAGGUGUCACGUGUGAACAGACUGAAUAUAGGAUUUUCAAAGAUCGUGAUGAAGAAACAGGCGUACCAGAUUCAUACUAGUUUAUCUGUAACUUCAAUAUCAACAUAUUUUCCAGACCUUAAAACUGGCUGGGCUGGAACAGUUUAGUAGCAAUUAAAUACUAAAACCCGAGUGCGAUGAAUAGGAGUCAGUGCAACUACUCCAAAAUUGUUAAGUUAUGCAUGACCUUGUUUCUUUGAAUCUACAUCCCAUAAAUCCUUAUGUAAACAAAACCAAACUGCGUUUCCUUUCUAUUCUUUUUUAGAAAAAUUAUUCGACGAUAACGUAAUAACGAUCAAGCCAAAGCAAAGUUUAUAAGUAAAUCUGCAGUGACAAACCCACAAAUCAUAUUGUUAUAGUUAUUUUCUCAUAAACCAUAUUGACUUUUAUUCCUAAUAACGCUAUAAAUGAUCCUUACAUUUUACUGUCUUAUUCCCCGUGCCGUUGAGAACAAAAUUUAGGCAUGUAUAGGCCGAAACUUAUGAUAGGAUAAGAUUGGAGAAAUAAAAUAUGCCAAGUGCUAGUUUCUUAUAAUAAUCCAGGUUUGUAAAAUCUCCAAACCUCAAUACAGGCUGCUUACAUGUGGCCCCUAUAAGGUUAUACAUUAAACGACAAAAUGCAGAACUUAAGUUCGUUCAUAUAUCUGGUAUUCGCAGCAGUUAACAUAUAGUUUUCUCUAUAGUAUCUAAAUACCCGAAUCAAAAAACGUAUUCAGUGAAAUAAGCUACCCAAAGUAUGUAAAUCUCAAGUACUUGAAGGUAACAAUGAUGUAGGUAUCACUACCGAGUCUUGAUUUGGUAAUUUUGAAUAAAUUGAGUAGAUUGUUGUAAAUAAUUUAAUAUAUUUGUAAUAUCCCAUUGAGUAAAAAGAUUAGAUUUUCCUGACUCAGUGUAAGCCACUUCUUCAGAGAGUAUAUGAAUAAAUUUUAUUUACAUAUUUAUUUAUUUAUACCAAUGAUGUAUUAUUCUUUUCUUUAACUCAUCAUUAACUUCGUCGCAAUAUCUAGUACUCACUAACACAUUUUCUCUCAAACAUUCGCUCAGGAAAAUAUUGAAUUUAUUCUAGCAUAAAUGGCCUAUUACAUAGCGAUCCUUCCGAAAUGAAUUCACCAGACAAAACCAAGACUUAGAACAAAACUUAUGAAUUCAUCUAUUCAGUAAUUAAAGAAAGUGGAUAACAGACAAAUCGACAAAACACAGCAACGACAACACCCACCAGUAACAGCCCGAGCAAUUCCCAUGAACGACAUAACGUAAGUAUUAAGGUAACUUUAUCCGACUCUAGAGAAUCGGAACAUAAAAAACCAAAAAGAUGCCUUAAAACAUUGCUUCGUUAACGUAGAUGCAACGUGUAGCCUAGAUAUAGGGACCAUUCAUUGUAACCAUGACGUGCGACGAAUCAAAGUCCUAGAUAGAAUACAUAAGACCUUUAACAUCAUGCUUAACACGUCCUGAAAAUGUGAUCAUAUGCGAGUACAAUGACGGCUUAAUGAAUUAAGCAUACUCUGACCCACAAGUUCUAACUAAUAAGACAUUUGCCUGUUUUCGACCUUUUAGUAUAAUUACUCAGGUUGAAAACAGUAACUCAAUCGACUACACAGAAAUAUAUUUAUCUAAAUAAGCCGUCAUGUGACAACUUACAAAUGUACUCGCUGGCCUAACAGAACAAUGACGCUAGCUAUGACACACAUGUGUUCAAGCAGAAUUCGACAACUGACCGUUCAGAUCAUCAGCUGUAUUGGUCCGGAAGGUUUUUUAGUGCGCACUUCCAUUACUUACUUAUUUACGCCUGUUAC